AACAAGGAAUAUGGCGCGCCGGACCAUCCUGUAACCAUCGUUGCCGGUUUAAUGCCAAAAACGUCACAUAUCGCGGUGAAUUUUGAGUGUGAAUAGUGGGAGACAGUUUGGGGUGGUUAAGCUAUUAUUCAGUAGAAAAAAGAAGAUAAACAGUAAUAAGAUUUUCCUAUCAUGCCGUAGGAUGUAGGGAAUUUGUGUAGAUGGAAAAAUGCCAAAGCCGAAAGUGAAGGAGGAUGCCAUUGCGAAGCCUAAGCCGUUAAAGUUUGACAGUGGGGACUCUGUGGCCAGUUGGAAACACUUUCAAGGGGCAGUGGAAGUCCUAUGAGGAAGCCAGUGGUUUGGAUGAACGCUCCUCAACUGAGAGAUUAGUGACUUUCUUGAGGGUGGUGGGCAAGGAUGCCAUCAACAUCUACAACAGUUUCUCCUGGAGCGAAGAGAGAGAUGCCAGGAAUAUCGAAAAGGUGAUUGAGAAAUUCGAGACACUCUGCCUCUCAGACAGGAGCAGCCGCUUCCAUCGCUACCUCUUCCACAAGAGGGAACAGGAAACCGCAGAGAAGGUUGACGAUUACGUGGCCGACGUCAGGAAUCUCGCCGAAUCCUGUGGUUUUGGAGAUCUAAAAGAGACACUGAUUUGUGACAAGAUAAUCUUUGGCUUGAAAGAGCAGUACUUGAAAGAGGAGUUGCUGAAGUCAGAGGAAGUGGAAAGCAAUAAAGUUGUUGAACUUAUCAAGGUCAAACAAGAAGAACAGAAGAAGAGGGAGCAGGCGGUGCUGAAGGCAAAAGAAUCAAAAAAUCAAAGAAAAGGAACGUGGAUAAUGGCUGACGACCACGAGAUGAUCGAGCUCGAGGACGACAUGAAUGGAGAGGAGGAAGAGGCCGAUUAUGAGGAGGACCGGGAAAAUGGCGCUGAGAAAGGGGAUGAGGAUGCGUUGAUCUUGAAGGCUGAUAGCGACAUCGAAGAGGUGCAGGAAGACGAAACGGCAGAGGAAGGAGGAUCCGUGCCGGGGGAGAAGCCAGACGAAAAGCAGACCAAAGAGACGCCGCAGCAGACCAAGAGAGAUACAGAAUUCACCUCGGAAGAUUUCAAGAUAGAGCUCAGGGGUCUUCCUCGAUAUUUCGCAAUGGGUCAACUGAAGAAACUGCUGAAUGAGACGCUGCAGUUGAAGGCUCACAAGAUCAAGCCGGCCGGCAACAACAGAGAUUGGGCCUACGUCACUUUCCGCGACGAGAAAUCGCGGACCAAAGCGUUGGCUGUUUUGGACGAGUAUCAGUGGAAGAAAUGCACUUUCACCUGUUCGAUUGCAAAAGCCGUGGAGGACCCGGUUCUGGCCAAACGUGCGGCAGACUCCAAACUCCUCGACGGAGAUGAUCCGGAGUCCAGCAUCCCCAUCAAUGAACGGAUAGUCAAGAGUGUGACGCCAUAUGCUCUCCGCACUUACGAAGAUCAGCUGAAGGAUAAGUACAAAGCAGGUCUCACCGCACUGAGGAAGCUCGGGAACGAAAUGGCGAAGACCAACCCCGAGCUGAGGCAGUGGGUGAAGUUCCACAAGCUCCGGCGAAAGGGCCAGGUGUGCGAGGUGGAGGAGAUUGUCCCAUCGCCCCAAGUUGACGGUUAUCGCAACAAGUGUGAAUUCACAAUAGGUAUCAACCCAGAAGAUGGACUGCCCACCGUUGGUUUCAGAGUUUCCAGCUACAAGUCUGGGAGUUUGGCUGUCGGGCCAGUUGCUCAUCUAGUCCACAUUCCUAAGGCUAUGAAAGAUGUUACAAAGGUAUUUCAGGAGUUUGUUCGCAGUUCAGACCACAAGCCUUUCGACCCUCUGACGCACGAGGGCGUGUGGCGACAACUCACCGUGAGAACUUCACUGCACGACGACAUCCUCAUCGCCGUUGUGAUUCAUCCACAAGAGUUUUCAGAAGAAGAAAUUGGAGACAUUAAGCAAGACAUCAUUGACUACUUCAAAGACGGAGCCGGUGCGACAGCCAACGUCACCUCAAUCUUCUUCCAGGCAUAUGGACAGAAAGAACCUGGUCCUGAAGAAGUAGAGUUCGAGCAUCUCUGGGGAGAGGAGUAUAUCACCGAAACGGUCCUCGGCAAAACUUUCCGCAUUUCGUGCGAAUCCUUCUUCCAGGUCAAUACCAAAGGGUGCGAAGCGCUGUACGAAACCGUAGCGUCGUUUGCAGAGCUGGACGGAACUUCGGUGAUUCUUGACAUAUGUUGUGGCACAGGCACCAUCGGAAUUUCUCUAGCUGAUCAAUGCUUGAAAGUGUACGGCAUCGAGAUGGUGAAGAAGGCAGCCGAGGAUGCCCGCCACAACGCAGACCUGAAUGGGCUUCAGAAUGUUGCCAUUUACACAGGCAAAGCAGAAGUGAAUAUGAACGCAGUCAUGUCCCAGUGUUCCAGGUACAAGACCAUUGGAAUUGUCGACCCCCCGCGUGCAGGCUUGCCUGAGAAUGUCAUCCGAGCUCUUCGCAAGUGUGAAAACAUGGACCACCUGGUCUACCUGUCCUGUGAUCCAGAAGGAGCCUUCAAGAAUUUCAUCGACCUCUCCCGACCAAAGAGCAAAAACUACAAAGGAGAAUUUUUCAUCCCGAUCAGGGCCGCCAUAGUUGACCUGUUUCCGCACACGCCACACUUCGAAUUGGUCAUCUUGUUCGAGAGGUGGGAGGAACGCAAGUGGAGGAGAAUCAUGGAAGGAAACCCUCUUCCGCGUGACGAAGAUUACUUCAACCGUAUUCCGGCCAAGCCGGAAGGCACAUACCAGGGUGGCAGUAGCGAAGAAGAGUUGGAAGAAGAAGAAGACGAGGACGAGGAUGGUGGUCCGUCGGCCAAUACGGGAAUGGGUUCGUGGACGUCUCUCUCGGGAAGGGGAAAACGGCGGAAGGAGUCGUUCCAGCCAUACACGAAUCCACGUCAGCAGUUCGAUGCGGAUCCAGUAUAUAUGGGCGGGAGAUCGUUUGAGAUGGGAUACAGCGACGGGGGAAGUUCUCUCAUGAUGGCAGGACAGAUGGGAGGCAGUGGUUACAUCAGAGAGCGUGCUCAAAUGGGGGCAGGGGCAGGGGCACCAUUGGCAGGCAGCCUCAUGGGCAACUAUCCUGGCGAGGAGAGGGCUUACGAGAGAAGAGCACAACAGAUGCCGCCCUCAAAUUUCGACAGGUUCUACGACAACACUCCGGGCCUCUCAAACAGGAUCUUCGACCGACUGGGAACCAACUACAACCAACUGGGUGAGAGGCGUGACCCUUACGAGAGGCGUGACCCUUACGAGAGGCGGGAUCCAUACGAGAGGCGGGAUCCGUACGAGAGGCGGGAUCCGUACGAGAGGCGGGAUCCAUACGAAAGGCGGGAUCCUUACGAAAGGCGGCCCCUGGAUCCGUAUCGGCUCACCAGAGAUGAUUACGAGUACAACACGAUGCCUCCUCGCCGUCCAGGAAUGGACAUGUUCAGGAGGGACAACAGAGGUUUUCCUUCAAGGUACUGAAUGCCACCGAUUGCCAGUUUGUGUCUAUAAAGUUUUAGAGUUGAUGCAACUCGGAUGAUUUUGCAUCCAUCCCUUCGUCUGACAGAAGAACAUCAUAUCGAUUGAGUGGAAGCCUUGUGUAAGCAGUUUCAUAUAAAAUGUGAAUGACUAUAAUCUUUUUACUGUAAGGAACACAUAUGUACACAGUCAUUCCACGUCUAAGGUGUCAUUACUUUUAGUUUAAACUUAUAUUGAACGAAGCAGUGCAGUUGCCUUAAAAUAAGGAUUUCCUUAAGAGGAGAAAGAGCUCUAACCUUUACACAGACCAGCUUGUGAAUGUCUUGAUCCCUUAGUGAGAGUUGGCCUUAGGCCUGAUCUGUUGUUUUUAUUUUUUUUUAUUUUUAUUUCUUAUCUUUCUCUGACAAAUAAUGUACACUGUUCUUCAAGGGCUACUGAUGUGAUGUAUCAUCAGGUGACAGCCAGUGCACUUAGCAAGAUUGUAUUUUGACCUUCAAAUAGGUCAUGGUAAAUUAGAUGUUUUAUUUUAAUGCUGAAAAAAGUAAUAAAUGUCAGGUGUAAUAGUACCGACCUUAUUUUUGUCUAUGUUUGACUCUAAAUGCCAAGUUUUUAUGUACAUAACAUCAACACUGUUGUACCCAAUGUAAACAUAUUUACAAGCAAAGUAAAAACAGUUUGUAUCA